CCCAAAUAACUAAUCUUUUACAACCCCAGACUUAUAAUUCGAAAAAAAGGACAACGGCAGAUAGUCCACCAUUUUCCCGCGUGACGUCUCGGAUUUUACAUUCUUCUCUCAGCGUCUGCCCAAUCCAUGCGAUUGUACCCCGGUUCCUGGCAUCUUUACGAGAAUACGUCCCUUCCGCACGUAUGUUCAUCUAGGCAUCGCAUUUGGUAGCUUCAAUAAAUAGGGCCAUUGACUGGAUUGCACGAGUUAUAUGCUUCGCAUCUCGGUAACGAUGCCGAUGCAACAGAAAAGAAACAGGUUGUUAGCACAGAACUUGAACAGAACAAGAGGACAAUCUCAAAUUCCGAAACAUUCAAGAUACAGCAUGCGCAUCUCCACUUCGGCAGAAGGCGUCUGAAAGACAACUCCAGCUGCAGCUACAAACGUAAACCCUAAUGGCCCAAACGCUCGUAUGCUGCAGAACUCACGCCAAUAGUCGUGUGCCGCUUUUGAGAAAGCCUAUGAUAUUCUCAAGACUGUGCACCAAAGAGCUCAGGGGUAGGGCUAUCAACCAGUUCAGAGAACACUCAAGCCUUCCCCACAAAAAUGCUCAAGAGCAACACUACGCACGCAUUUACUUGUAUCUAAAAAAUGAACACUCAAAGAUACAGCAUGCGCAUCUCAAGGUGGACAGAAGCUGUCUGAAAGACAGCUCCAGCAUGGAGGAAUACAACGUGUGUUCUAAUGAACCACACGCUGUAUGCUACAGGCUCUGGCCAAUGACAAUCAGCCGUAUGCCGAGGGUGAGAAAGCUUGUGAUAUUCUCAAGCCUGCUGCACCAAAGAGGUUAAGGUAGGGCUAUCUACUGGUUUUAAGAACACUCAAGCCCUUUCCUAGUAAUAAUACGCUCAAGGGGAACAGUACGCAUGCAUUUACUUUUGGUUGGCGGUCCAAUCUAAAAGUUUGGCGCGUACCUUUUGUGCCAAUAGACCCAUGGCUUUUCGGGCGUCUUUUCCCACAUUGUGGGUUGCGACAGUCUGGCAGACUUGUAUGUGUGAGGAGGCGCAACAUUCGUGACAUAUUGUCGUACUGUUUGACUCGUGUGAUUUGAAGAUGGAAGCAACUCGGCUUUGCAAUGCCCUGUGACUCCCCAUCCAACAGAAAAGAAACAGGUUGUUA